AUGUACGCCCCUGCUCCUGCUCCUGCUCCUGCAGACGACGUCAACACUGCUGCGGCGGCUGCUGCCGCUGUUGGUGCUGGCGGCGUUCCCCCGGCUACAGGCCCCUUUGUGCCGCAGAUUGGUGAGAGCGAAGUUGCCUCCAUGAUGGACGGGUACGAUGCGUGGUGCCAGCAUAUGGCCAACACAGGUGGUACCAUCCCGUCGUAUCAGUGGCCUGGUGUCAAUGACCAGGGAUUAAAUUUCUUCUAUUAG